AUGGCAUUCAUAUCAACACUGAAGAGCUCAUGGUUUGCAUUGCUAGUUCUUAGCAUUUGCAUUUCAAUGGCAGCAUCUCGUGUGCUAAACGAGAAGUUGAUGAUCGACAGACAUGAGCAAUGGAUGGUCAAGCAUGGUAAGGUCUACAAAGACAUUGCUAAGAAACAACAUCGGUUCAAGAUAUUCAAGAGCAAUGUCGAGUACAUAGAAACCUUCAACUCUGGCGAGCAUACCUUCAAACUUGGUGCAAACCACUUCGCUGACAUGACCAUUGAAGAGUUUAAAGCCAAGUACACUGGCUUUCGCCCUUCCUUGUCUAACAAUCCUCUCAAGACCUCCUCCUUCAAGUAUGAGAAUGUUGCUAAGGUUCCUGAUUCUCUCAAUUGGACAGCCAAGGGUGCUGUCACUCCUGUCAAAGAUCAGGGACAGUGUGGAUCUUGUUGGGCAUUCUCUACAGUGGCUACAGUGGAAGGAAUAAACAAAAUCAAGAACAAUGCUUUGGUCUCACUUUCAGAGCAAGAGCUUGUGUCAUGUGAUACUAAAGGCGAAGUAGAAGGAUGCACUGGCGGGAUGAUGGACGAUGCAUUCAAAUUCAUUGUGUCCAAUGGACUCGCAACCGAAAAAAGCUAUCCUUACACGGCACGUGAUAGUUCUUGUGCAAAGUUUACAAGUGUGGUUCAUAUUACUGGUUAUGAAGAUGUACCUCAGUCCAAUGAGACUGCAUUGCUUAAGGCUGUGGCUAACCAGCCAGUCUCGAUCGGUCUUCUUGGUGAUAACAUCAUGUUUUACCACAGCGGUAUCGUUGAUGCUGGUAGCUGUGUUGCGAAGAAUGUGGCUGAGCUAGACCAUGCUGUCACCGCCGUCGGUUAUGGAGUUGAAAAUGGAACUAAGUAUUGGUUGAUGAAGAACUCAUGGGGAGACCAAUGGGGUGACUCUGGAUAUGUAAAGUUGGUGAGGGAUGGCAUAUUUAAGGAAGGCACUUGUGGUCUUGCUAUGUAUGCAAAUUACCCUGUUAUGCAUCGACAUAAGAAGAUGGAUUAG